AUUUAGAAAAUCCAUUCUGAAAGACAAAUAUGGUUAGUCACUACUUAACUGCUUGAUGCUAACUACAAAGAAAAAUUGAAGAAGAGGUUGCAGCAGAGCUUAGAAAAGGCCUAAAUUUGGUAGUCUUGUUGAUGCCACAAGCAAGAUAAGAGGACAAAUUGGCAAGCCACCAAACUGGAUUUGGAGUUUUGGCAAACUUUGAAGUUGACCUCAUCAUUCCUUCCUUCUCGUCUCUCAUUUUAUCUCUAGCUCAUCAAUUUUUCUAUCUACCAGCUCAAUUUAUUUGUUUUUCUGCUCACAUGCGAACUUUUUUUUAAUGCUUCGGUUUCCUAGUCCUUCCUAGUCUUGCUUUAAAUGCCAAACUGUACAUUAACUCUUUCUAGCUUUAUCUUUCUCCUGAUCUCUCCCUCUUCCCCUCCCCUCCCCAGUCCCCUCCGACCCCUCCACGACCUUUGGCCCUCAAAUCCAGGCUUUGCUUUGUUGUGGUAUUCUCUGCCACCUCCUUUAGAGCGAAGGAUUAUUUCCAGUGUUCCAAUCUAUCAAACAGUGAAAGGAGGACCUUCUGCAUCUUUAACUUCCGUUGGCUUGUCUUAGGCGGUGUUCAAAUCUCUCUGACUUGAAGCAGCCUUUUGCCAGUUGGUUGGAAGACCGAAAGAUCAACCCACGACAAGUGUUGAAUUGCAGAAAAACAAAAACAAAAGAAAAAAGGAUGUCAUCUGAUAGUUCGUUAAAUGCUGACUUAUCAGAAAAGACGGCCGUUCUUGGUCUGAGACUUUGGGUUGUUAUUGGCAUCUGCGUGGGUGUUCUAAUUGUGUUUAUUCUGGCCAUUUUAUCCAUAUGGAUCACAUCCAAGAGGAAGACAAGGAAGACUUAUGAAAGCAUGCCAGUAUCGCAAAUCCCAUCCGUCUCGAAGGAAAUCCCUGUGGACAUAGUUGGCGAUCAAUGCUCGGAUCAAAUUCUUCAGGAAAAUGAAGGGCCUCUUGUCGCCAGCCAUGACAAAUUUAGUGACAGGGAAUCAGUGAAGACAGUUGCAGCACAACUGACCAAUAGCAAUUCAUGCGAUGCUGAAAGCAUUGGCCUGUGCAGCUCAGCUCGCCACAAUGAUAGAGCUGGGAGUUCUUGUUCUGGUGAGGAAGGUGGCUCUGGAUCUACUAGGAAAGCAUAUUCAGCAUUUCCACUUGUAUCUCCUUUAGUUGGACUGCCCGAGUCCUCGCAUCUCGGUUGGGGCCAUUGGUUUACCUUAAGGGAUCUUGAGCUCGCAACAAAUCGUUUCUCCAAUGACAAUGUCCUCGGGGAGGGUGGAUAUGGAGUUGUCUAUCGCGGGCGUUUGAUAAAUGGUACUGAGGUUGCAGUAAAGAAGCUUCUGAACAAUCUAGGACAGGCAGAGAAGGAAUUCAGAGUAGAGGUGGAAGCCAUUGGUCAUGUUCGGCAUAAGAAUCUAGUUAGGCUUUUGGGGUAUUGCAUAGAAGGAAUUCACAGGAUGCUCGUUUACGAGUACGUCAACAAUGGAAACUUAGAGCAGUGGCUACAUGGAGCUAUGCAUCAAAGAGGCAUCCUUAGUUGGGAGAAGCGCAUGAAGGUCAUCCUUGGCACAGCAAAGGCGCUUGCUUACUUACAUGAAGCAAUUGAACCAAAAGUAGUGCACCGAGAUAUCAAAUCGAGUAACAUCUUGAUCGAUGAAGAGUACAACGGAAAGAUAUCUGAUUUUGGAUUGGCUAAGCUGUUGGGAUCGGACAAAAGCUUCGUCGCAACAAGAGUAAUGGGAACAUUUGGAUAUGUGGCUCCUGAAUAUGCCAACACUGGUCUUCUAAAUGAGAGGAGUGAUGUGUAUAGCUUUGGAGUUCUAUUGCUGGAGACUGUUACUGGCAGGGAUCCUGUGGAUUAUGGAAGGCCCUCAAAUGAGGUGAACUUGGUGGAGUGGCUUAAGAUGAUGGUUGGGAGUCGAAGGGCAGAUGAGGUAGUGGAUCAAAAGCUUGAGGUUAAACCAUCCGUUCGGGCCCUCAAACGCACACUCCUAGUCGCACUGAAAUGCAUCGAUUCUGAUUCUGACAAAAGACCCAAGAUGGGACAAGUUGUUCGAAUGCUCGAAGCAGAUGAAUUCGCCCAACAUGAUCAGGAUCGUAGAAGCCGAAGGUCAAGGUCGGGGAGUACGGAUAUGGAAGUAAUGAAAGAAAGCAAUAGCUCUAGUGACGUCGAAAGUCGAAUGGGAUUGCAAGAAUACCGAACAUCCAAAAGAUUUCAAGUGUAAGGAUGAUCGACAUAUGCGUAUCAACAAACUGUUAUCAGCUUUUUUUCUCUCCGCAUCUUCUUCCAACACUUGAUCGGAUACUGAAAAAGGAACUUCGUUUUGGAAGAGCAUGAAAAUCUAGCCGCCUUAAAUUUCUUGUACAGUUCGCUACUGCAAUUUGGAAUUUUUUGUCGGACCGUAUAUUUGUCUCUGCGAUUUGUUAAGUAUGUCGAGUUCUUAAACUUACUCGAAGGCGGCGCCCUCUGCCUCAUCG